CCAUGUGGGUUGAGCACAACUGGGGAAUAUACAUUCACGUGGUUAUUAUAUGAUUAUAUGGACACUGAAGGGGAAAAGCCUAGUAAUCGAGCUCUGUAUAAAUUGCCAGGAGCCGGAGAGUACUUUAAACUAAACUUUAUACAAUUUCUGUUUUUNUUCCCCCCCCCCCCCCCCCCCCCCUUUCCUGUUGCCAUCGGACUGUCUACCUCCUUAGAACCUGAAGGCAGAAAAGAUGACACCAAAGCAAGAGGGCAGGGUGUACACAGUAACAGGCGCCGCUUCGGGAAUUGGCCGCGCAACCGCCGUCAAGCUCGCAGAACUCGGCGCAGCAGGAAUUGCUAUCAGCGAUGUCAAUGA